AUGUACCCGGCCUGGGGCUUGUACGGGGCGGCCGGGCACUACCCGCCGCCCCCCACCUCCAUCCCGCCCCGCCGCUGCCCUCCCGCCCCCAGCGUGCCGCCUCCCGCCGUGCCGCCGAUGCCGCUGCCCAGCUAUCCGCCGCCGGGCCCUGCGCCCCCCGCCGCCGCGCCGCCGCCCGCCGGUUCCUCGGGGUUUCUGAGCCUGCAGGAGCAGCACCUGGCCCAGCUGCAGCAGCUCCAGCAGAUGCACCAGAAGCAGCUGCAGUCCGUGCUGCUGGGCCCGCCGCCGCCGCCGGGACCGCCCCCGCCGGGGCUGCCGCCGCCGCCGCUGCCCGGCUCCUUCACCGACUGGCAGCAGCAGCCGCCGGUGCCGCCGGGGCCGCCGCCCGUCCGCAGCUACCAGAAGCAGUUCGCCCACCGCGAGCCGCCGCCCCGCAAGCCGCCCGCCGCCGCCCGGGACCGCGACGGGCAGGAGCCGCCGGGCGGGCACGGCGACUGGGGCGAGCCGGUGCCCGCCGAGCCGGUGCCCAUGGACAUGGAGCUGUCUUCGCCGCCGCAGUCCCCGCAGCCCGCCGCUCAGCCCUACCUGCCCCCCGCCCAGCCCUACCUGCCGCCCCCCAGGGCGAGCCCUACCUACCCCCGCCAGCCGCCCCCGGCCCAGUCCCCGCCGCUCCAGCCCUACCUGCCACGGGCGCAGCCCUGCCAGCCGCCCCCCUCCUUCUCCGAGCCGCCGCCCUCCUACCUGGAGCCCCCGCCGGCCACCGCCUCACAGCCCUACCUGCCGCCUCCCGCCCAGGGAUACAUGGCACAUCCCCAGCCCUACCUGCUCUCCUCCCAGGCCUCUCCUUCCCAACCCGCGCAGCCCGCCCUGGCCCCCUCCAUCCCUCCCCCGGCCAAGCCCUCGCAGGCGCAUUUCCCACCGCCUCAGCCGUCCUUGCCCCCUCCCGCCGCUGCCCAGCCGGAGGCCGCGCAGGGUGCCGCCAAGGAAGGCGGUGGCACGGAGCAGCCGGACCCCUCCACCAUGACCCCCCAGGAACAGCAGCAAUACUGGUACCAGCAGCACCUGCUCAGCCUGCAGCAAAGGGCAAAAGCCCAUGCUCAGGGACAGCAGCAGAUGAAAAGUCCGGUAUUGAAGGAUGCAUCUGAGCAGAGAGCAAAGUCUGAAGAAGGGAAAAUGGGUGCUUCAAAUCAGCAGUCUGAACCUCCUCCACUUAAUGAUUCCCUGCCUCCAGCUUCCAAAGAAGAUGAGUCUUCUCUUACAUCCACUGAAACUCAGCUCAAUAUUGAACCUCCUGAUGACCCUGAGGAAGAUUUGAGAUUGCAGCAAUUGCAAGUGGCAGCAGCUCAGUGGCAACAGCACCCCCAUCACCGGGUUGGAUUUCAGUAUCAGAGAAUAAUGCAGAAGCAUGCUCAGCUGCAGCAGAUAGUACAGCAGUAUCAACAGAUCAUGCAACAGCCUCCACACUUAGAGACAAUGUCAGUGGACAUGCAGCUGCGGCAUUAUGAGGCACAGCAAAAACAAUUCCAGCAGCUUCAUAAAGAUUGGGAACGAUCAAUGAACCAACAGUGGCAGCAUCAGCUUCAAACCUACCCUCACAAAGAUCAGCUUCAAGAGUAUGAGAAACAGUGGAAAGCAUGGGAUGAACAGAUGAAGGUCACUCAGUCCCACCUGCAGGAGAAAGUGACCUCACUCCAAAAUCUGAAGAAUCAGUAUCCUGCAAAUGUUUCCCUGCCACCUCCAUUUAUUCCAUAUUCUCAAACUGGUCAAGGUGGCAUUCCUAUUAUGCCUCCAACUUUACCUUCAACUACACCUCCACUGGUACCCCCACCUCUCUCUUCUGUUUCUCAGUUGUCCAGUUCCUCUGUCCCUUCAGGAUCAAGUUCUCAAAGCAGUCAAUCUACUGAGACACCAAGGCCAGCUCUGCUUCCCACCCCUGGUACCUAUGCAUCAAAAAUAGCUAGUUCAACUGUCUACUCACCUUAUCAUUCUCAAGCAAGUUCAUCCUUUGGCUCAUCAGACCAUGGGAAGUCUCAAGUUCAUCUUAGUAAACAAACUGGAUCUGUUUCAUCUGAGCAAGGAUGUGGGGAACUGAAAGGCACUUCUGCAGUGUCUUCAACACACACAUCUAUUGUGCAGGAUAAACCAGUGAGGUCAGGUGGAUUGCUUCCAGAUCCUCCUAGAUCAGCGCGUUUUGAAGGCCCCAGAGGCCCUAGGUUUGAUGGAUGUCGAGGAAGAGGAUAUGACAAGUUUGAAGGCUCAAGACAGAGAGGACCUCGUUUUGACUCUCAGCGCUCAGAAGGAUACAGGUCACGUUUUGACAGACAGAAUACAGAUGGACAGUCUUCAAGUAGAUGGGGGUCUAUCCCACGAGGACCAGCAGGACAGUUUUAUACUUCGACAAAUGCAUCACAUGGACAUGGUUCCCGACCUAGUGGCCCACGGUGGAUGGGGCCCAGGCCUCACUUGGGACAGCAGAAGCAGCAAGCACAGACAGAAUCGGAGUCAGAAAACAAAGAACCUUUUACAGACACAGCUAGUGAUCAGCAGACUGUAAGCAGAACACAGUCUACUCCCGAUGCACAGAGUGCAGGUCCCAUUGAACCAAAUGAGGACCUGACAGACACUCAACAGGAACCAUCCAAACCUGAAGUCAAAGAAACUAUUUCAGACACUCCUAAAAAGUGGACAUGGAGUUCACAUGAUCCUAACCAGCAAGUAGAAGAGUCGAAGGCACCUACUUCACCUGCUCAGAACCAGAAUACUGUAACACCUGUAACAGGAAAUGAGGAUUUGGAUUCACCAGAUGGCCAGUUGACUGCUUCAGAUAGCACCCAGGGCUUACCUGAACCAGAAAGCAGAGGGAAAGGGCCAUUUAUGCAUGAAGAUAGAGGCAAGGGACCAGUAAGCAGAGGAAGGGGCCGUGGCAGAGGGCAGGGGGAUGGCCGUGGCUGGGGAAUGGGCCGUGGCAGGGGCAUGGGAAGGAUGGAUGGUGGCCGGGGAAUGGGAAGGAUGGACAGUGGUUGGGGAAUGGGCAGGAUGGACGAUGGUUGUGGCAGAGGAUAUGUAUACAGAGGCAGAGGGCAGGCUAGGCAGGCAUCCAUCCGUGGCAGGGGAAUGUUCAGGAGAGCAGGCAGCAGGGAGAGGAUGCCAGAUGGACGGUCAGGCAGCCGAGAGAGGAUGCCAGAUGGACGGUCAGGCAGCCGAGAGAGGGGCCUGGGUGGGCGGUCAGAUAGCCAUGAGAGGGUAUUCUCUAGCCGAGACAGAGAACUAGCUGGACGGACAGGCAGCUGGGACAGGGGACGGGCAGGAAGCCGGGAGAGAGGCCCAGUCAGGCGGGAGUGUAGCCGGGAAAGAGAACCUAUGCGGGGGGCGGGUAGCCGGGAAAGGGUCCCUGUCAGGCGUGCAGGUAGCCGGGAGAGAGUCCCCAUGAGGCGGGCAGGUAGUCGUGAGAGGGGCCUGGGCAGGCGGGCAGGUAGUCGUGAGAGGUGUCCUGUCAGGAGGGGAGGUAGCCAUGAGAGGGAAACAGGAAGACCUGAAACAGGCAAUAUGGGAAAACCCAUUCACCUAGGAGAUGACCCUGAUGAAUUGCCUCCGUACCAUCGAGAUGAAACGUUCAGGGGUUCUUGGGGUCAUGAAGACGAUACAAUGCAAGAAGAAUUUCCUUUAGAUAGUCAAGAUGACCCUUCUUUGGAGCAUGAGCAAUUGGAUGACUGGGAAAGAGAACAAUACUGGAGAGAUCACAACUCUGAUUAUCAGGAUGAUUCUGUAGAUACAUAUGACAGAGAUGACAGGUUGCAAUCCCACCAUUCACUGCCUCCAUUGUCUCCUCUACCACCACUACCUCCUUUAUCAUCUGAUCAUGACAGACGAGAUUCAUGGUGGGAUGACUGGAAAAGGCCAAGAGAAAGGGAACCAGAGAGAGAUCUAGAGAGAAGUGGAAGAUCCUCAGAUAUUUAUCAUCAAGAUUUAGACAGAGAAUGGGAUAGAGACUGGGACAUGAGAGCUAUGGAUGACAGAGAAAUGGGGAAUCGUGACCUGGAUAUCCCUCCACUACCACCAUUACCACCUCUUCCGCCUCUGGACAGGUAUCGUGAAGAUAGGUGGAGGGAGGAUAGGAACAGAGAUCAUUAUGACAGAGAUCUCCGAGACAGGGGGGAGCUUAGGAUUCGAGAGUAUCCAGAAAGAUACGACACAUGGCGGGAAAAGCAAGACUAUCUUCCUGAAAGGACUGAUUGGGAGAGGGAACGGUUGUCGGAUAGGUGGUAUCCAGAUGAUGGAGAGAGACUGCGAUCUCUGGAUGACCACUCAGAUUCAUCCCUUCCUCCACCUUCACAUUCCUGUGAUAUGCUGGGAGCAGAUUCAAACCUGGACUCUGACCAGUCCUUGGGAGGAGUGAUGGUCCUUAGCCAAAGACAGCAUGAGAUAAUUCUGAAGGCUGCCCAGGAGCUCAAAAUGCUUCGAGAGCAAAAAGAACAACUACAGAAGUUGAAGGAGUUUAAACCUGACAUUUCCGCACAGGACCCUCCAAGAUCACAGAACACAAGCACAAGGCCAGGUGCCUUUCAGGAACGCUGGGAUGAGGAUUCUUUCCACGGACUGUGGGACACAAAUGAGGAUAAAGGUGCAAAUAUGGAGUACGAGUUACGCAAACAGGAGUCAAUGAUGCCUCCACCUGUUUCCUCGCCUGUGAAAAUACCUUCUGUCCACACCUCUGUUCCAUCAUCUGUACCAGUGUCCCUUUCUCCAGUUAUUCCACCAGUUCCUAAAGCACCUGUCAUUCAGCAAACUGUGGAUUAUGGCCAUGGGCGAGAUAUAACUACCAGUAAAGUGGAACAGAUUCCGUAUGGGGAGAGGGUAACUCUUCGUCCAGAACCUCUACCGGAGAGGCAAACAUUUCAAAAAGAGCAUCCAGGUCGCUACAACAGAGAAAGAGAUCGUGAGCCUUAUUUUGAGCGUCAAGGUAAUUCCAACACAGAUCAUCGGGAUUUCAAGAGAGAGCGGGAAUUUCACAGAGACCGUGGUUCUACGGACUAUGAACGAGAGAGAUUUGAAAAAGAGCGGCAUCCCAGAGAUGAUAGGGUUCUUCCUACUACACCUACAAGAACUCAGUCUUACCGUGACAAGAAGGACCAUCCGUCCUCCAGGCGAGGUGGUUUUGAAAGACCACCAUAUGAACGAAAGACAGAUCGCCCAGCGUAUGAUCAUGGGCCUUCCAUGUUUGGAGAAAAUUCUUCUGUCCAAACACUGGAAUUUGAAGGUGAUCGUAGAAAUUACCCUGAGGAAAGGAUUCCUAUUUCUACUCCAUCAAUACCCCGUCAGCCACCACCUGCUCCACGAAUGGAAAGGAAGCCAGAAUCUAAAAAUGUAGAUGAUAUUUUAAAGCCACCAGGACGGGAUAGCAGACCAGAGAGAAUUGUGAUCAUAAUGAGAGGGUUGCCUGGCAGCGGAAAGACACAUGUAGCAAAACUCAUCAGGGAUAAAGAAGUAGAGUGUGGAGGACCUGCACCAAGAGUGCUCAGCCUGGAUGACUAUUUUAUCACUGAAGUGGAGAAAGAAGAGAGAGACCCAGAUACAGGGAAAAAAGUUAAAAAGAAGGUCAUGGAGUAUGAAUAUGAAGCUGAUAUGGAAGAGACCUAUCGUACCAGCAUGUUUAAAACUUUCAAAAAGACCUUGGAUGAUGGAUUCUUUCCCUUCAUUAUACUUGAUGCUAUCAAUGAUAGAGUGCGACAUUUUGAACAGUUUUGGAGUGCUGCAAAAACCAAGGGGUUUGAGGUGUAUCUAGCUGAAAUGAGUGCAGAUAACCAGACAUGUUCCAAGAGGAAUAUUCAUGGACGCAAGCUAAAGGAUAUCAGCAGGAUGUCUGAGCACUGGGAGGCAGCACCCCGUCACAUGAUGCGCCUGGACAUUCGUUCUCUAUUGCAGGAUGCUGCUAUCGAAGAGGUGGAGAUGGAGGAUUUUGAUGCAAAUAUUGAAGACCAGAAAGAAGAAGUCAAGAAGGACACAGCAGAGGAGGAAGAAAGUGAACUGGGUUACAUUCCGAAAAGCAAAUGGGAGAUGGACACUUCUGAGGCAAAGCUAGACAAGCUGGAUGGUUUGCGGACUGGCACUAAAAGGAAACGUGACUGGGAAGCAAUUGCCAGCAGAAUGGAAGAUUAUUUGCAACUUCCAGAUGACUAUGAUACACGUGCUUCUGAACCUGGAAAGAAAAGGGUGCGGUGGGCAGAUCUAGAAGAAAAAAAAGAUGCCGACAGGAAAAGGGCCAUCGGUUUUGUUGUUGGACAAACAGACUGGGAGAAGAUAACAGAUGAAAGUGGUCACCUUGCUGAGAGAGCCCUCAACCGUACCAAGUAUAUAUGAAAAAGUGGUUAAGUGGAUUUUUGUGCCUUGAAGGCCAUUUGCUCUGAGGAGAAGUGAACCAGGGUGUCAUGAGCAUCUUGCAUGGGUCAUGUCACUCCCACCUUCACAGUUUUUCUUUGUUACUUUAGUUUCAACAAUUUUCUUGAGAUACUGGCAGAUAACCAGUGCCCUCAAAAACUCAUUGAAUCCCACUGCUCCUACGUGAGAGAGACAGUUUACUUUUUAAUAUUUUUUGAGGGGUGGGGGGGAAGGGUCAGUAGUUUUAGCUGCUCUUUGUGGGAUAAAGUGGAAGGGUUAGACAGACGUUACCUCCACUGUACCAUCACAGAAUGUUUAUCACCUUUGCUCUGUGGCCGUUCUCGUUUUAUACUGUAUGUACCUUGUAGCUUAUUGUAUUAGGAAGCAGAACAAUAAAUUUCACUAUAAACUCGGUGUUCUUGGUGGACCAUA